UAUCAGUGAUAUUAAUCGUUCAUAAUGAAUUAUAAUCCAUAUCGUUUCAAUUAUUAAUCUAUUUUAUAUUUUGUAUCAUUGUUAUCGUUUUAUCUCUCGUGUUGCAUCUUCUUUUUCUUUUUCUCCUUUCCUUUUCCUUUCUUUCUUUUUUUUUUACUUUUUAAACACCUCCUUCGCCAGAAGGAAAAAUUUGAGGGCAAAAGUAAUUCGUCUCUUGGUAAUACGACGAAAGAGGCGCAGGUGCAUGUUGCAGCAGUGAAAGUAUCCGAGUGCAGCAACGAUCUAGCAUCUGUCAAUGCCCUCUUGCAUAGACAGUCUUACUCUAGCGGUGCCAUUUAGUAGGUAUCCGCGAUUUGUGAGAUACUCGUCGAAAGAUACAACGGAAUUAUCAUCAUCAGCAUCAUUUAUCAUCCUUGUUUUCGUCAUUGUGAAAAGAAGAAAUUUUCUUUCUCAAAAAGAAUUUUUUUCGGUAAACAUUUUUUAUAGAAUUUUUUGAGAAAAAACAAAAAAAAGGGGGAGAGAAAGAAAAGAAAAAAAAAAGGAAAAGAAAAAAGAAGAGGUAAAGAAAAAAAGGCUUUAAGAUGUUGAGAAAAAAUCAACUUAUAGAAUUCCUAUUCGUCGUGAAUAUUAUGACGACAUUUUCAACGGAAUCAAGCCCCGAAUACGUGAAGCAAUGUUCCAGGAAAGAUCCUAAAUUAAAAAGUUGCCUGAUCGAUUCCCUUCAUCAUCUUAAACCUUAUUUAAAGGAUGGCAUACCAGAAAUUGAGUUACCUUCUGUGGAACCUUUUCGUAUGGAUGAGCUGACUCUCUCUCUGACAGGUGGUACAAACGGUUACAAGGUUCAAUUGCGAGAACUUUAUGUAAGGGGAGCGAGUAACUAUACAGUCGAGGACAUUCAACUAGGCUCACCCUUCGAAGCUGUCAUUAGAAUGCCAGCCCUUGUACUUGACGCUCAAUACACCAGUUCCGGUGUAUUGAUCAUUCUCCCAGCAAGUGGAAACGGUACCUUCCAUGCUCGUUUUGAUGACGUACGAGCCCUCGUGAAGGGUUUAGUAUCAACAAAAAUUCGUGACGAUAAAACUUAUUUGAACGUCGAAAAAUUAGACGUCGAGCUCGGUGUGAAAAACGUUAACAUGAGAGUAAGAAAGAUCUAUAGGAACAAUAGAAUAUUAACGGAGGCAACCAAUCUAUUCUUGCGAGAGAACGGACAGGAAGUUUUGAAAGCGAUGGAGCCACAACUGAAAAGGAAACUAUCAGUUCUAUUUGCAGGAAUUGUCAAUCAGCUGUUACGUCACGUGCCUGUCGAGACGUUCCUAUUACCCUGAGUCAAUCCUUUCGUUUUCUAAUAUUUUCUUUUACUUUUUCUUUUUUCUUUCGAGUUAUCUGUGUAAAAAAAAAAAAAAAAGAAAGAAAGAAAUUCAUAUUAUUUUAAAAAUAUCUUUUAAAAUCGUUUGACGUUUUCUAUUAAUGAAUCUCUAAUUAAUUGUUUCUAGAUUCCCCGAUUUAUUUUUUUUGCAAACACGUAAAUAUAGAAUGAGACUACAUUUUCUUAUAAAUUAUUACUUUUUUCUCUUUUCUAAUGCAAUUGGAUUAAUUUUUUUUUUAUCAACGGUAAACAAAAAAGAAAAGAAAAAAGAAGUGUGAUAUUAUGUGUAAAUAAUUGAAAAAGAUUUGACGAGAGAAGAAUAAAAAAGUGUACAAAAAAGAGGGAGAAAAAUAUAAUAAUAAUAAUAAUAAUUAUUAUAAUUAUAAUAAUUAUAAUGAUAAUAAUAUUAAUGACAAUAUUAAUAAUAAUAAUAAUAAUGAUAAUAAUAAUAAUAAUAAUUCGAUGGACGACGAAUUUAAUAUUUUUUAUAAUGAUAUAAUAUAAAACGUCUUCGAGAUUUCAUUUGGAAAAAUUCAAUAAAGAUAACUUGUAUAUAUAA